AUGUUUCUCGUCGACACACUGCGUCCGGACUUGGAGCGCCGUACACGUCGUAGCCGCGCCCUCUCUGCGGAGCAGCAAGUGAUCAUCGCCUUGCAGUUCUACGCAACUGGGAACUUUCUGAUCACUGCAGGCGACUACAUCCGCGUGCAUGUGUCAAGUGCUUCACGGGCUGUGAGGCAAGUCACCGUAGCGCUGGCUCGUCGAGCACAAGACUUCAUACGAUGGCCUGACGCUGCGGAGGGGGCAGCCUUGCAGCACAAGUUCUACGACAUGGCCGGCUUUCCUUUGGUCGUGGGUGCUGUUGACGGUACCCAUGUCCGGAUCCAGGCACCCCAUGUGCACGAGGAGGCGUACGUCAACCGCCAUGGAUACCAUUCCAUCAACGUACAGGUGGUCGUUGACGCCUCUUCUCGGAUUCGCAACGUGGUUGCAAGGUGGCCUGGAAGCACCCGCGACUCUCGGAUCUUCACGGAGAGCACCUUGGCAGUCAAGCUGGCCAGUGGAGAGUACGACGGCCUGCUGCUUGGUGACAGCGGCUACUCCUGUCAACCUUGGCUGAUGACGCCAUUCCUGUCGCCGUCAUCAGCAGCCGAGGUCGCAUACAAUACGGCACACACGACGACAAGAAGCAUUGUUGAACGGACAAUCGGCCAACUCAAGCGGAGGUUCCAUUGCCUUCACGCUGAGCUCCGAAUGGCUCCAGAACGGUGCUGCGACAUCAUUGUCGCGUGCUGUGCCCUCCACAACCUGGCCAAGAGGUACCCCUGCAGGACACCCGUGGCCGCCAUCCCCGCUGAGGUUCCCGUUGAGCCCGUAGCAGCCAACCGUGCUGAGAGCAACGAGGCCCGAGACUUUAUUGUCAACCAUUUCUUCGGCUAAGUAUCCUGCUGUCGCUCGGCCCUUCUCUGGUACUGCUGUGCAGCCUCACGGGUCCAGCGCUGGUUGUGCUGCACAACAGGAGAGGCCAGUGUUCUCUGUGCUGCGUCGUCUUCAACUGUACUGCUGCCAGAUGACGAGGGUGGCGGCGUCGUCACCCUUCCCGUGCAGCUGCUGUAGUGACACGCAUGACCAGGAAAUUGUUUGAGGUUAAAGGGAUACUACAACAAAAUUUCGGGUUUCAUUUUUUGGUCUAUAUGUGUUCGAAGGAGCAGUAUCA